CGUCUCCUCGCGCUAUCGUUCAGUUAAGAAAUUUUCUGUUGCUCCUACCUGCCGCUGAAUCUCAAUGCAAUCAAACUUUGAAGAUGCCUAAACCAUUCACUUGCAGUACAGUAUGAGGUAAAUUUCGAAUGGCUAACAUGGAAAAAAGACGGUCCAUUGAUGACAGCUUGCAUGAUCAAGCCUUGCCUAUUCCAAUACAGACCUUUCUCUGGAGACAAACAAGUCCGUUCAUACGAGCCAAGCUUGGAAAACUUCACGAAGCAUCAUGUAUGUUCUGUCAACGUGCGCCCGGCCAUCAUGAAAUGAAAGAAGCGUGCAAGUCCUUUGAGAAAGUACUCGUACAGAAUUUACACUUCGGACUCUCACCGUCGUUGACUGAUGCUCUGGGUGCUGUUCCUCGAUGGCGUCUCAUCCAAGCUGCUCUUCCACACGUCCUGCAUGCCGCAGCAAACCUUUUACAUAACAGAAAAGACACCAAUCUCCAAAGUCUUGGAGCAGUUGAGACAAAGCUUCUCUAUACUUUGCACUGGAUCAUUUUGGACGCUGCUGAAGAAUGUGCAGACGCAGAUGCCGAAGCUGGAAUUUAUCACUCCAAUCCAUUCUAUUACUUGUUCUCUAUACCAACAAUGUCGUUAUUUGUUUAUCUUUUUGCUCCGAUCUGCAACCACCUAAAGGAGUCAGACUUCACUACCAACUUCCGUCUAGAAAACGGUCUCAAAAUGUGGACCGCGCUAUGGGAAUGUCGACAUCCUGAUACCCCUUGUUUCACAGCGCAUUGUCGUCCAAAACCACGAGCACUAUGGACUCGUUCAAUGAAGAUGUCUAAGCACAAUCAACAGUUCGAUGACAUAUUCUUAGCAAAAAAAGGCGCCACUGAAGAAUUCUUAGACACAGAAAGCCCGCCGAGUCAAUCAGCUAGUGUGUGCUUUUCUGACCAAGGUGCUCCCCCAUCAACCAAACAACCGGAUGAAGACCAGAGUAAUUGGGUCUCUUCACCAAAAGAUACAGUAUUUCCCGAAACGAUACCUGAAGAAAGUUCAAGCACCGAAGACGAACAUGUGGUAAUAUUCAGACUACCAUCUCUCACAGAGUCGGAGAAGACUAUAGACGGUGUGAAAGAGGUGUCAACAAUUUUUGCUGGUGAAGCCAGCAUUUUUCAUGUUGCCAUGGGCCGUACGACGAAUGCCUUCAAAUCCACCAUGACUAUAGAACAAGUCACUGCAAUAUCCGGCUUAGACGCGAAACAAUUUGAAUCGAAACCAUUCAUGCAGAAAAUGGGAUCGUUAGACAAGGACUCAGUUGAUAGUUCUAAAAUCAUGGGAACUGCUACAAACUUUCAUGGCUCACCUACCACUCGAUCUACGAUUAGAAAUGGAGGCCAUGCAUCGAUUGUUGAUAUAUGCGCAGCGACAUUCCUUGAUGUGGCUGUCCUCAGAUGUCUCUUUGUUGCGCAAUGGCAAGAAGAAGGUGUAUUUUGGGCUCUUCAGUUUCUGUAUCAUCGGCUCCGAGAAAUCAGCGAAGAGUCCUACACGCAGCAGCAACCUCGGAGACGGAGCAAUUCUUUACCGAUUCCAAAAAUCGAGGUAUCGAUCUACCAAAGUCCGGAGAGUAACAGGCGCGAAGAGGCUAAGGAUUUCAUCGAAGUCCCAGAGCCCAAAGACGUUUCUAUUCUUGCAGAUCUUGCUACCUUUUCAGAAUCUCCGUACGCUUCAAAGUUGGCUGAUUCAAGCCACACUCGGCGUGCCAGUGAAAAAGUUAAAAAGCGUAUGAAAAUGGCCGAUCUCAAAGCGUUUGUUGAAACUAAACUGCUGUCGAAGUCUGAAAAAACUUUGGAAAAGAUCGGCCAAGAUGAACCGAAGCCAUUUUUUGAACAGGAAUGUCAUAGGAGCCUGGACACAGGAGAUGAUCAUCUGACUAGACCGGCUUCUACAUUUUCGAAAAUAUUCGAUGCAAAAGAUGUAGACAGAAUAAAGCAUCCGACCAAUUUAAUUAAAGGGAAAAGCAUGCCCAGUUUGAGCUGCUUGAUAGACGAGCUGACCGCGGGCGGAUACAUAGGCGACACUCGCGUAGAAAGAAAGCAGGGUCGAUUUUACAGUCAAUCUUACGCUGUUCCCAAUCCUAUAAUUACCGUGACCGAACACACGCCUACACCAUCUCCGGAUUACAUGAAACGUCAGGGUUCCAUCGAUAGUCAACUAGACGCAACCAGUCUGCAUGGUAGUCGAUUAGGAUUUGAAAGAAAGCCAAGUCUUACCAGAUCGCAAACUGACUCGAAUAUCACUUAUACCGGAGAAGAAAUUCCCGAAGCUCCAGGAUCAGCUUGCUACAUCACCAAAGAAGGCGACAUAGAUUAUCAAGUGGUACUCAAGGCUGUACACGCGGUAGCGCUCCGAGAUAACUUGUGCUGUACGUUGCGUGUCUGUGAAAACAUCUUAAAUCUGUUGGAACUACUGAUGGAUAUGGGAGUGCUGAAACAAUGUCUUCGCGAGGAGGCAACUAACAGUAAUGCUGGUUCUAAUAGCGGCAAGUCUGAUAAGGCUCCCAGUAAGCAUGAUUCUCCGACGAAUGACCAGCAGCAGAAAAGUAACAGUAGACCAACGGGAGUGGAAGUAACUGCACAUCAUUUGUUGAUGAAUUGUGUGAUCAGAGUUUUAAAACAUUUGGGAUGUCCACACGGUUGUGCGGAAGGCAUGCGUGGUCCACCUGCAGACUUUAUUCGGUCGCAAGGUCAAACUAUACUUUGCAAACUACAUCGCGCAAGUUCUCGACAAUUUUCAAAGUUUUUACGAAGUAUGAUUCGUGAUCAACCCAUACCAGAGAUUUUGGAUUUCUUUCACGCUUAUGUGGGAUUCUGCGUAGAUCCAAGUUCGUUAUUAUCUCCACUUAACCAGAAACGAAGCUCGAGCAAAUCCCCGGAUGUUGCAUCACAGGGAGGGUACGCAACUAAUUUUGGUGCUGGCCUAGGCGGGGGUGGAGGUCGUGGCAUAGAGGGGCAAAUAAUGUGCAAUGUCUUUAAGACUCUGGUCACAAGAUUUGUCAAAUCUUUCAAGGAAUUGAAGUCUCAGGAAAACGUGACCAUUCACUGUGAUCUCAGGCAGCUAAUGACUUACAUUAAGGAAGCUCAUGGUGGGGUUUUCCGUCGAGUUGCUCUCAGCGGUUUACUAGAUUCUGCUGACAGACCGAACAAACGAAAUAACAGCAAUAUUCAAACGACUCGUGUCAUAAGACACAUACAUCAAUCGGAACUAGAAGAAAACGUUGACCUUGGCGCCGAGUCAUGCUACGUUAUGGAUGACAGAGGAACCCGUAAAUUUUUAUUCAAAAAGCGGAGCACUUCCUCCACAUGUGCCAGCCUCUUGGAGACGGAACUGAGUGAAGAAAAUGCAAAGAUCAGCCAAAGUCCGUCGGGGAAUUUGCGAAAGAAACAUCAUAUCCUAACUCCUAGACAAAGCGAGCGAAAUUUGGGUAUUGCUGAGUCUUGCAUGGGAUCUGCAAAGUCACGGAAAUUGAAGCGAUUUCAAAUUGGAGGAAUCGUAAAUUGGUUCCGAAAGGAAUACGGCCGAACUGAUUCAACGGAUAGCCAUGAUAGCAGCGAAUCUCCAACAGAGGGUAGUUUCAUCAGACAACCAAGUAUACAUCAUGCUUAUUAUCGCAGUACUUCGAGAGGUGGAAGAGGGGUUGGCCAAACGCUACAGAAAGCAAAGCGUAGAAUGGAGGAUCAAUUGAACAAAAUUGGAUUAGGAAAGGGAAAAAAGAAAGAGAGUUUGGAAGAAGCACCAGGAUGUUAUUUCAGCCGAAGAAACUCUAUGGAUAUCGGCGAGGCAUCUAGAGAGUCAGAAUUCGUAGUGUUGAAAGAAAGAAGGAUGGUUCCUAUCGCCUUGGUGCACACUGGUAUGCUGAGGUUUUCAUUUCUAUUGGAAACAUGUCAACCAGGUUCCGUACCAGAUCAUCAUUUGAUGGCAGCCAUCCUGGACUUGCCACACGCACCUGUCGUAGCACGUGCCGCACUCAUUUUGGAAUGUGCCCAUCUCGUACACCAGUGCAAUAAAGGCCAUUGGCCGACAUGGAUGAAACUAAAUUUCCCAAUCUUCCGCCCUUCCGUCCCACUCAAUAGUCGAAAUGCACCUACUGGUCUGCGGCGAACACAUGUUUUGCAGCGGUCAGCUGGAAAAUUGUUCUACCAAUGGGCAGAGGCUAUUGGUACAAGAUUGGAAGAAAUGCUUGCUGAGGAUAAGCUUAAUGUGGAUGCCAUAACGGCAAUGGUUUCUGACGAAAAUAAACAGAAGGAACUUGUGGUGGAGGAUGAGGAGGAGGACUUUCUCGAUGAAGCCAGUAUCAAUGGUUAUGGAUCUCAAUGUCCAAUUGCUCUUCGACUGGUAGCUUGUACACUUCUUUUGGAGAUAACGGCUUUUUUGAGAGAGACAUAUCAGACUUUGCCAAAGUCCAGCAGACUGUCAACUCGAGAACGACCUCCACCUUGGGAAAGAAUGUAUAGUCGUGAAGCCAAUCGCCGGUGGAGUAUGGCUCUUUCAUCAAUGGGACAUUCCCAGACAUCGGCACAAAGUCUCCAGUCCAUUGCUGGAGAUCGAGAGGCAGAGAGAAAGAUUAGUUUUGUGCUGCACGAACCAGACAAUGAAUCGGAGGGCAGUAGCAAGUCUACUGUAACAAUUCAAGGGGAGGAGAUACAAAUUAACGACAAGGAGAAGAGCAAACGUACUCCUGCUCCACAGGGGCGUCCAUUUUUAUUACGUCGUGGAACAACAGGUAAUCCAACUGGAUCCUUUAAACGAAGAAGCUUGAAGCUACGCAGAGGAACCAAGGAUGGAAAAGACGUAGAGGGUGAAUCUUAUACUGUAAAACGUGCAGACUCUAUUCAGUCAAAAAGGAAAGUGAGCUCUUUAUCAGACAGGAGCGACACUUCUGAACCAGGACUUGGCGGUGAAGUAAGCGGUGAAGAAUCUCCAGGAAUACUUAGCGAUGAUCAACCUCCGGAGAGUCCAAGUGACAGCAAUGACACUGAUGAAACCAAUAAAAAUUUUCCCUGGCUAAAGGUAGUUGUGCAAAUAGCAAAUUCCUUCAACUUUUACUGUUCUCAUCAAAAUUUCUGCCACCCAAUAUGUUAUCGACGACAAAUGCGCGCUAGUGCCAGGCUUAUAAAAUCAAUUAGAAAAAUCUAUGGAGAGGAGUUCGGGAUUAUCAAUGGAACUGGUACAUUUGAUUUUGAUACAGACAAAAAAGAUGAUACCAAAAAGGACAAACGAAGUCGCAAGAUUUCUGAUCAAGCCAGUACUCAAGUCUCACCGGUUCGUCGAAAAGAUAGCAUGGGCAGAAAGGACAGGAUUGAGAGAGCCUUAGACGGUUCUCAAUCUGGUAGACUAAUCGGAGGGCACAGAGACUCAUCUAAAGAUAUCGCAGAAUCAGAUUUUGACAGAGGGAAAGAUUCAUCAAAAAGAUCUGAUAAAGAUAAUCGUUCCAAAAAUCUGCCACCAAUUUCAAAAUACAUAAAAACUCAGGUCAAAGAUGCAUUCCAUACACCAUUGGCAACGUUGGUUAAGGGUGCUGUUGUGAUGUCAGAAGAAUUAUUUGUCGAUAUUCUUUCUGUAUCUUGGGAACUUCUGCUUGAAUCAAACCAAGAAGUUGCUGCAUCAGCGGCAUCCUUGUUCAUUAUUUCGGCAGUACGAGCUCCAAACCAAGCAAGCGAUAUAAUGCACCAUGGCCUACAUCAUACGAAUACCACAAUUAGAAUAAACGCUAUUCUCAGAUUUCAAGUCCUUUGGAAACUGCGAUAUCAGGUUUGGCCCCGUAUGGAGGAAGCUGCUCAUAUGACCUUCAAAGUCCCACCACCUGGUAUAGAAUUCACAUUGCCUUCUCCGAAAAUUGGAAUAGAAUCGUUACCAGUUGUCGAUCCACCAUGGAUGCCUCAAGUUAAAACGAAAGUUGAAGAAGUGACGAUUAAUCAGGAACGUCAUAGGUCAUUAGUAACAGCGACGAAAACUCGCAAGAAGCAACAAACUGAACUUAUAAAAAAAGCUCUCCAGGCACAGGAUGAUAAAAAACGAGAGGAGAGAGAAAAUUUUUUAAUUACCACUAUACCGAUUACGGUACAAGCAGCUUACGAGCCUAGUCCUGUUGGCGAUGACCAUGAUGAAGGAAACGUAGGAGAUGAAGAUCCGGGCGAAUCAGUACCCAGGAACACUUCACAUCACGGACAAUCUGCUCUGUCGUUGUUUCCAUCGUCUUUGUGUUCAGCUAUUAUACAAAUAAUUAAUCUUCUAGAUGACGCUGCAGUUUCUGAAGAUGGAAACGCAGUAUAUGAAGUUGCUUAUCAAGUGAUUUGGAAUUGCUUGGUAGAGGACAGUGCUUUGUUUUUACGAUACGUCUUGGAGCGUUUGACGAGGGAGAAGCAAGAACUGAUGUUCAAAAUCCUUAGACAUCUUAUCAGAUUUGUUCCAAAACUUCCACAACAGGCUGCCUUUGCUCUGUACAAUUACAUCAUAGGAUAUGUUAUGUUUUACGUACGUUCUCCGCAUGAGGAAGGACAAAAGCUUAUUGGGACAGCCUUGUCAAUACUAUGGAUGGUAGUACACAGUGUUCAUGGAAUAAUGUUCAAAGAUUUAAAGCAAAUACUGAGGAAAGAGCAGUGCGAUGCCUCGAUUCUUCUCACGGCUAACGUGCCAUCGGCUAAAAAAAUUAUAGUACACGGUCCACAGGAUCCAGAUGCAGGUGGAAUCCCCUCACAAUUUCCUGUACAAGAGGAUACGCAAUUUUGUCAGAUAUUGAGAGAAUCUGUGGAUUUUUUUGGUAUUGAAGAAAGUAAACAUAAGGAGUAUUUUUUGAUCGAUUACAAAACACAUCAAAUACACAACCCGACCUCUUAUGUACGAGACUACUAUUUCUUCAAGCGGUCUCAGUACCCUCAACUUGAACUUGUGCACAUGAAACCUGAAGAAGCCUUCAAUGCCUUACAGCGUCAGGAAUUGAUUCAUAAGUUUGUAGAGAUCGGCAAAGUCCUCUUAACGUGGGCAAUUUUGAAAAAUGUGGAUAUGGUUGUACAAAGGGUAGUAUUUUUGCAUGAAGAACUUAUGAAACUUCCUUCUUUUCCAAGAAAAGCCCUGGAGGCUGACCUCGAUCUCUACAAAGGUGGAGAAAUUGGGAAGGAACUCCUUGGCCUAGAUGUAUUGCACAAAUUUAUGUGGGUGAGAUUAAUCGCUCGAAUGUUUGAAGCGAUGGCAGGAAAUUUUGCUUAUUCCGGUGACAUUCAUCUGUUUCUCAACGUUCUAAACGGAGCAAUAAUACUCCACAGUGAAGAUUCAUGUAUUUUGAGAUACGUAAUGGCUACAUACAUCAAUGCUGCUCACAAUUUUAAAAAUAUUUUCUCAACAAAUGGAUACUUACUAAUUAUGCCUACGUUAUUACAAUUGUAUUCCAAUCAUCAAACAAACAAACUGGUGAAGACCACGGUUGAAUAUGCUGUCAAACAAUUUUAUCUUAUGAAUAGAAAACCUUUCAUACUUCAAAUGUUUGGUAGCGUAUCAGCAAUUUUAGACACCGAUGAAAUGAGCGUACACGGAGAAGCUCAUAAGGUUGCAUCUAAUUGCCUGUUCAAUCUUUUGUUAAGCUUGGAAACCCCAUCACCAGAUCCUUUAAAUAUUGGAGAAUUGGUGAAAGAAGAUAAACCUCUAAAGGCUAUUGAUUUUUGUUACCACGAUGAAAAUGAAAUGGUUACAGUUUUGGACUGUAUCUCUCUUUGUGUUAUGGUUAUUGCAUACGCAGCUGAUUCAGUUCGUGGGCAACAAAUGCUGAUAAUCUUGGAGGCAAUACUACCUUGUUAUGUGCAGCAGAUUCAAUCACCCACUUAUAAUAAAGAGGGAAAAACUGAAAAGGAAAUUAUUAAUCAAUUAGCUAUUGCUGUGAAGACCUUAGUCAACAACUCCGAAGCUCUGACUAAAAAUUACAACGGACCGCAGAGGUCGAGCCCAGAACAUAAAGGCUCCAGUCAAAGAAAUUACGGCAAAGGUCCGUAUUCGCCUGGUUUUGAUUUUGAUGAUGAAACCCACAAUAAAUAUGUAGAACAUUCGAGGACGAAGAUUUUGUAUGAUAGAGACAAUGAAGACUCGGAAAAUUGCCAUAAGACUGAAUUCAGGAGACCAAGAGAUACUCUCCUGAAUAUGGUAGGAGAUUUCCUUGCUAGAUGCUCUGUGCGUCUUGCCGAACUGAAUAAAAAAGCAACUCAGGAUGGUAAAGCAAUCGAAUUACUUGAUUCCAAAUGCCAUGUGAGACUAGCGGAUAUCGCUCACAGUCUUCUAAAGAUUUCACCCUACGAUUCCGAUACAAUGGGCUGCAGAGGAUUGCGAAGAUACAUGAAUGAUAUACUCCCAUCCACCGAAUGGUCCAAUGACGACAUGAGGCCAGCUUUGAUAAUUAUUUUAAGACGGCUUGACAAAACGUUCAGCAAAAUUUAUAAAAAAGCUUCAAUAAGACGAAACACCGACUGGGAAGCUGCGGGUGAUUUGCUAAAGGGUGUUUACGAAACAUUGUCAAGAUAUCCGUACAUCGCUCAUUUUCAACACUUGAAGACGCUUUUAAGCACAUGCCAGGCUCUCAUAAUUGGGGAUACAACUGGCUUGGUGGAAGUAGCAUCGGCUGCAUCAGCUGCUCUAAUGAGUCAAAUACCACCACAGCAUUUUUGUUCAACAGUAUUACGUUUGAUAGCUCUCCACGUGAUUUCUCUCGGGGAAGUCUAUUCACUAGAGAAUGUCUGCGGAGGCCAAUCAAUGUUCGCUACUCAAAAUCGAACGGAAAGUGUACUUUUAAAUCUACUAAUACCUCUGUUCUUGCGCGUUGGCACGGGAAGAAAGGAUGUUCCGAAACUGAGACAGGCAGACAUAAGUUUUGCUCUGACAGCUGUUUUGAAUACCCUGUGGCCACCGACGGCAAAAACUGCUCCCAUCACAGCACAAAAUUUAAAAACUGCGACCGACAUGAGAACUGGUAGCUUGACGUUCACUGCCAGGGAUGCAAAGGCUCCAACAAAAAUAUCAUUAACAUUGUAUCAAGUUGCAUUUUUAGCAUUGAAGAUUAUGAUAAUUUGCUUUGAAGCAGAACUGAAGAAAGAAUGGCCUAGAAUUUUACGCACCAUGCGACUUUUGAAUAAGCGGAAUGAGGCAUCUAUACAUUUGUGGGACUUUUUGGAAUUUGUUGUCACUCAUCGGACUGCUCUUUACAUACAAAUGUCACCCUUCAUAGUGCACAAAAUUGGGCAGCCACCGAUAUCCGAACACGAGAGAAACAUGCAGAGCAUUAUUAGAAAAAAGAUCAACGGUAUCGGUAUGCCGGUUCCAAAAUCACGCGGAACCUUGUUGACUGACUUAUCUCACGAUCUGAAAGAUCUGAAAGAGGAAAUCGACGACCGUAAGUUUGAUGAAAUGCAACCGGAACCAAAAAGGAGUGUAGUCGACAUGCACCCAGGAGCUCCGAAUGCGAUGCCGAAUAGCAACGAGGGGCAGCAUGGACGGACUCAGAGACCUUCUCUUAUCGACUUACUUACAGGGGAUCUCGGUUCGCGUGCUCAUAUCAAUCGUACCCCUGCAGAGACUCCCUCUCAACAUUCUCAGCCUACACCAGUGUCUCAUCCAACUCCACCACACACUUGUAAUCAAUCACUCAUCCCAAAAUCAGCACAUGCGAUUCAACCUCAAUUCCCUGUCAUACAUCCACCAACUUCAGUACAACCAACUACUAAUGUCACCAGAGGCUCUGCAUCGAGUACAAGUGCCGGAUCAACAACAUUGAAGGAGGUCAGCGAGGACAGUACUAAGGAUAUGCAACUGGAUCAGCCUCUUUCGACAGAUAGAUCCCAACCAUCUUCUGCUAAUGAUGAACAUAACAAUGUUAAGUCUCACCCUAUAUUACCUCAUCAAAAGACGUCCAAACUGCGCUUUGUCUCUUCUGUAGAGUUUAGGCACUCUUCAGGAGAAACCUUAACAACUCAAUUGAGUCCAAGCAGUCCAACCGAGGACAGCUCUGGGGAAUCUCGCAGCAACAGACCACGUCUACAGCGUUCAACAGGACAAAGCAAGAAAACUUUUCGCUUAAGAAAAAGUCGAAGGAGUCGUAUUGAAGUGUCACAUAUAAAAUUGGAGUCCCCAGAUACUUCCAAUCAACCGAUGGCAUCAACUCCACCAACAGCUACGGAACUAUCAGUUUCUGGUAUCCCAUCUGAAUCAUCAUCAAUUCGAUCGAAGCGUAGUCUAUCUGCUCGUCAAGGACACAAUGAUAGUCGUGGUAAUCAUCAACAAUCGGACAUAUCGUGGGACGAAGAUACCAGCGUGGUUUCGCAAACUUCGAGUACUUCCGGUUAUCGCGAUUCUUAUAGCAUGCAACUUAUCUCAUUGGAAAGUGGAAUUCAAUCCGCUCCGCCCUUGGCCUCACCUGAUCUCAACGAUCUGCCCUCUACCAGUAGCGCUACAACGAAUUACAUUGUAUGCGAUGGUAGCUCACCUGAUUGUUCGAUUAAUGGAAGUGGAGGAGAAAAAACUGCCUUAUUAACAAACAGUCAGCGAUCAUCGUCCCAGCACUCUCUACUUAUGGUAUUUCAAACACAGGACGAGGACACGUUAAUCUGAGUCGACGAUUUUUACAGGGAAAAUAUAUGUUUAGUAACAUUUUAAGUGUAAUAAUUGAGUGUAGAAUAUAAUUAUCUAUCGAGUAAUAUGCCACUGUAGGAGAAACGAGUACUCUACACAAAGCAAAGGGAAUAUGUAUUAUUCUUGCAGUUGAAAUCUGUGCAGUUAUUUCAAUGUAUUAACUCGACAGCAGUAUAUAUAUUAACUAGGAAAAUGAACGUUACGUGCUAUAACAAUUUACUAUUGUACAGACACUAGGCAUUAUUAAUGUAAGAAAUUAAAUUAAACUGAUUUUUUACAGCAUUUCGGCUUCAUUAUCAAACCAGUAGAACGCAGUCAAGAAUCAUCUAUUUUAUACUUUCCGUAAUAAGAUAGGAUUUUGACAAAGUGGUUCAAUAGUAAAACAGAUUCAGUACCUCUGUAACAAAUUCUAGUUAAUCAAAUAUGUUUACGCUGCGUAGCAAUAGAUAUACAGGAGCUGUUUGAUAGUUAAUUAAGUAACUCGAUGAAAAUUCUUUGUAGACUAAUCGUAAGCUGAUUCUGAUAUAUUUUGUAUUUUAUUACAAAAGUUGGAAAUAUUACUAUAAA